UGUAACUAAAAUUAAAUAUUCGCUUUUCAUUAAAUAUACGUUUUACUAUGUUUCGCUCGUGUGUCCGCAAUUCCAUCCAUGCCAAUCGCGUUUUUCUACGUCACUACUCCAAAGAUGUUCGAUUCGGUCCGGAGGUACGUGCCCUGAUGAUACGUGGCGUGGAUAUCCUGGCAGACGCCGUGGCUGUAACCAUGGGACCAAAGGGACGCAGUGUGAUACUGGAACGUAGCUGGACAUCGCCGAAGAUCACUAAGGAUGGUGUGACUGUGGCGAGGGCCAUUUCGUUAAAGGAUUGUCACAUGAAUCUUGGCGCCAAGCUAGUGCAGGACGUGGCCAAUAAUACCAAUGAGAGUGCUGGUGAUGGGACAACCACGGCCACAGUGUUGGCCCGUUCCAUCGCCAAGGAGGGGUUCAGUCAAAUAACCCGUGGCGCAAAUCCCGUAGAAAUACGCCGGGGAGUCAUGAUGGCCGUAGAAACGGUGCAGAAAUCGCUAAAGGAAAUGGCGACUCCCGUGCACUCGCGUAAGGAAAUCGAACAGGUUGCAACCAUAUCCGCGAAUGGUGAUACUGAGAUUGGAAAACUGAUAGCAGAAGCCACCGAGUGUGUGGGACGCAAGGGCACCAUCACUGUGAAGGAGGGCAAGCGCCUUAAAGACGAGCUGGAAGUCAUACAGGGUCUACAGUUUAAGAACGGCUACAUCUCGCCCUUCUUCGUGAAUACGCCAAAGGGCAACAAGGUGGAGUAUGCGAAUGCUUAUGUGCUUAUAACCAUGCAGAAGAUCACAUCGCUGGCGAAGAUUGUUGGCGCUCUCGAGAUGUCGCUGCGCCACCGAAAGCCAUUGGUGCUCAUCGCAGAGGAUGUUAGUGGCGAGGCCCUCAACGGCCUGGUCAUGAACCGCCUUAGACUGGGACUUCAGGUCUGUGCUAUUAAGGCGCCAAAUUUCGGGGAGCAACGCAAGGCGGUUUUGGGAGAUAUUGCUGCCGCUACAGGUGCCACAGUCUUCGGCGACGAUAUCAACUUUUCCAAAAUCGAGAAGGCUAAAGUGGAUGACUUCGGCGAAGUCGGAGAGGCCAUCAUUACCAAGGAUAGCACCAUAUUGCUCAAUGGCAGAGCCAAGCCGGACGUGCUCAAUCGUCGAGUGCAGGAACUGAAAGAUGAAAUGGAAGAUGAGACCGUAUCUGCCUCUAAAAAGGAACUCAUACGCGAGCGUCUCUCCCGCCUCACCAAGGGUGUUGCCGUGAUCCACAUGGGGGGAACCAGUGAGGUGGAGGUGAGCGAGAAACGAGAUCGUCUAACCGAUGCGCUCAAUGCAACUCGCGCGGCCAUUGAAGAGGGCAUUGUGCCUGGGGGUGGCACUGCCUUUUUGCGCUGCAUUCCCAAACUGGAGGAGAUGGAGGUGAGCAAUGGCGAUCUUCAACUAGGCAUCGACAUUGUGUGCAAUGCUCUGCGUAUGCCUUGCAUGACAAUUGCCUCGAAUGCUGGCGUCGAUGCCGCCAUGGUGGUGGCCAAGGUGAUGAGCCAUGUCGGCGACUUCGGCUACGAUGCCAUGCGCAAUGAAUACGGACAGCUUAUUCAGAAGGGCAUCAUCGAUCCCACAAAAGUUGUCCGUACAGCCAUAUCAGAUGCAGCUGGAGUAGCUUCGCUGCUCAGCACCACCGAGGUAGUCAUCACCGAGGUCCGCAGCAAGGCUCUGUUGGCCAAACUUGCGGGCAUGGGCGAUGAAAGCGAUGCCAUGGCUGGCAUGGCAAAUGCAUUGGGAGGCAUGGGCGGAAUGGACAUGGGUGACAUGGAUGGCCUGGAUGCAUUGGGCGCAAUGGGAGCUAUAGGUGGUGGCCUGGGUGGUGGAGCACCGCCCAAACCAGAUAUGAAUGAGGUGGUCAAGAGCAUGCCCGGCAUGGAAAAUGUCGAGGUGCACGACAUUGAUGGCGAAAUGCUGGUUUAGUUGCCGAUAGAAGAGACACUCAACAUACUCUCUCCCUCUUACACUCUAUUUAAUCAAAAGUUGCUGUCGUUUUAAUAAUAUGUAAACAAUUUAUUUAAUAAGAGCAUUGUUUGGUGCGGGUGAUGAACAUAAA